CUUGGGCUCUUACUGUUUCAUGUUUAUGCGGUUUCCCAAUUAUGAAUGAGCUGGUUCUUAGAUCCUAAACACAAAGAAUCGGAUGGAAGAGCAAAGUGCCUUUCGACCCUGGGAUGAACUAAUUCCUGAUGCAUUGGGGAUAAUUUUCAGCAAUCUGUCCCUACAAGAGGUACUAACAGUCAUUCCCUGUGUCUGCAAAUCCUGGAGAAAGGCAGUGACAGGUCCCUAUUGUUGGCAAGAGAUAGACAUUGAAGAAUGGAGCAAUCGAUGCGAGCCCAAACAUCUUGAUCAGAUGCUUCAAAUGCUGAUCACAAGAAGCAGUGGAUCGCUCCGCAAGUUAUGUGUUUCAGGCCUUCAGAAUGAUACCAUUUUCUCGUUCAUCACAGAGAAUGCUGGUUCCCUUCGGGCUUUGCGACUGCCGAGAAGUGAAAUUAGUGAUUCAAUAGUUGAACAAACUGCUGGAAGGCUUUCCACAAUCACUUUUUUGGAUUUGAGUUACUGUCGCAAAAUUGGUGCCCAUGCUUUGGAGGCUAUUGGAAAGCACUGUAAACUGCUUGUUAGUCUGUGCCGUAACAUGCACCCACUGGAUGCAGCAGGCAAGCUCUCGCAGGAUGAUGAGGCAAAUGCCAUAGCUGCUACGAUGCCUAUGCUCAAACACCUUGAGAUGGCUUAUCAUCUUAUUAGCACCGGAAGUGUUCUGAACAUCCUUUCUAGCUGUCCGCAGCUUGAAUUUUUGGAUUUAAGAGGUUGCUGGGAUGUGAAACUUGAUAAUCAGUUCAUGAAGGAAAAGUUCCCAAAAUUGAAGGUUUUGGGGCCCCUCGUCAUGGACUGCUAUGAGAUGGAUGAAUGGGAUGAAUGCUCAGACUACUCUGAUAGUACGGAGUAUUUGGCCUGGGAGUUCGAAAUGGAUGACUAUGAUGAUUAUGAUAUUUACGAUGGAGUGUGGCACCAUGAGGGGAGAAUGGAGGAACUUGAACUGAGGUUCUAUGAAGGAAUUGGUGAGGAUGCUGGAAUGUUUGGUUGGCCUUUAUCCCCUUAGGUUCUUCUUUUGGUUCCAUGCUGCCUCUCUUUUCUAGUGCAUAGAUAUGGAUGCUUCUAAAUAUGAAACCGUAUGUUUCUAUUAAAAUAUAUCUUAUGUGUCAUUGUGAACUUUGAA